AUGGAGCAGAUUAUUGCACUUGCUAGAAAUAUAUGGGCAAGCAUCUGGUCAAGGUUUAAUAAAGACAAAAUCUCAAUUUUCUUCAGCAAAAACACAAGAGCAAAAGUAAAGGAUCUUAUCAUACAAGUUGCUGGGGUCAAAUCCACACAGCCUAAUGAAAAGUAUUUAGGCUUGCCAACUUUAGUUGGUAGGUCUAGAUCAAAAGGAUUCAAGAAUAUACUUGAUAGGGUGCGAGAUAGAAUUAGCAAUUGGAAAAUGAAAUACCUAUCCCAAGCUGGAAAAGAGAUUCUCAUCAAGAUUGUUAUCCAAGCCAUCCCAACAUACAACAUGAGAGUAUUCAAGAUUUCCAAAAAUAUUUUAAUGGAGCUCAAUAGAUUAAUGCAGCAAUAUUGGUGGGGUCAGAAAAUUGAAGAAAAGAGGAUUCGUUGGUGUUCUUGGAGAAAGAUGAGACAAGCUAAAGCAAGUGGUGGGCUUGGGUUUAGAGAUCUUGAGCAGUUUAAUCUAGCUAUGCUAGCCAAACAAGAAUGGAGGCUGAUUCAGAACCCUUCUUCUCUAGCUGCAAAGGUCUUCUCAACAUAUUCUGACAGGAUUUCUUGGAGGUGUACAACAAAUGACAUCUUCUCUAUGAGAAGUGCUUACCACUUGCAACUCGAGAUCCAACAGAGGGCUCAGGGCCAACCCUCUAACCCUGCUGGACAUAAGGAAAGAUGGAAUAGAUUGUGGAAGUUGCCAGUUCCUAAUGCUGAGAAGCUUUUCUUGUGGAAAGCUUGUAAUAAUGAACUGCCUACAAAUGCUAAUUUGCUUAAAGAGAAGCUGCAGAAGGGAAGCAUCAGGCAACAGACUUUUAAAGAGCUUAUGAUCAAAAUGCUUGAUGAAUUGGAUAAGGAGGUAUUGGAAGAGAUGGCUGUGGUGGCUUGGAGAAUUUGGAAGAGAAGAAAUGAGGUUGUCUUUCAGCAAGAAUUCAUCAGUCCUAACUCUCUACUGAAACAAGCCACACAAAAAUUGAAGGAAUUAAGGCUGCUGCACCAUAAGAGCCCUGGUAUCCCAUCGACAGACUCUACAACUUUGGUCCAAUGGGAAGCUUCCUCCAAUAGUUAUUAUAAGAUCAAUUGGGAUUCUGCAGUGGACAAACAACAGUGCAAAAUUGGCAUAGGUACUAUCAUCCGAGACUGGGAGGGUGAGUUAAUUGCCACAAUGAGAAUGAAAAGAUCACUCUUUCCUAGCCCUUACUUGGCAGAAGCUUAUGCUGCUCUUUAG